UUAUUAUUAUUCUCUAGUUGCCUCGUCAUGGCGGCUCAGACCCGGGCUCUGGUGUCAGGUCAGUGGCUGGCCGAGGCUGUCAGAAACAACCUCGUCGGACCUAAACUUCGCAUCCUGGACGCGUCAUGGUACCUGCCGAAAACCAAGCGAGACCCGCGGGCUGAGUUCACCCAGAAACACAUCCCGGGCUCCUCCUUCUUCGACAUAGACGACUGCUCUGACAAGACCUCCGCUCUGGACCACAUGCUGCCGACUCCCAGCCACUUCUCCCAGUACGUAGGAGACCUGGGCAUCGGCAGCGACACGCACGUCGUCGUGUACGACACCAGCGACUUCGGGUCGUUCGGCGCGCCGCGGGUCUGGUGGAUGUUCCGGCAGUUCGGACACAGCCUGGUGUCGGUGCUGGACGGAGGGAUGCGGAACUGGCUGGCUGACGGAUACCCGGUGACAGCUGACUACUGCAAGCCGGAGUUCAGAGAGUACAAGGCGGCUGUGGUGGAUGAGUCGUGGGUGAAGAGCUAUGAAGACAUCCUGGAGAACAUGAAGACCAAGAAGGUCCAGGUGGUGGAUGCAAGGUCAGCAGGACGCUUCAGGGGGCUCGAGCCGGAGCCCAGAGACGACACGCUGCCGGGCCACUUCCCCGGUACAAUCAACAUGCCGUUCCCUUCCUUCAUGGACGCCUCUGGGAAGGAGCUGGGAACCGAGGAGCUGUCCAGACUGUUCAGCGAGGCCGGGGUGGACCUGGAGCAGCCGCUCUGGGCGACGUGCGGGUCCGGUGUCACAGCCUGUCACAUCGCUCUGGCCGCUCACCUGCUCGGGCACCCCGGGGUGUGCGUUUACGACGGCUCCUGGUCUGAAUGGUUUAAGAGGGCGUCUCCGGAGCACAUCAUCUCAGAGGGAGAGGGGAAGAAGGUGUGAAUGAAAGGUGGACUACUGCAAGGAUGGGAAAAGCAGUUAGUGCUGCCAACAAGAGCAAUACAUCAUAACUAUAACGCUAGCCGCAUAGUAUAGGCUAUACUUUUUUACUAAUGCUGAGGAGAUGCUGUACAAGUUUCAGCAGGUGUCAGAUACCUGUAGUGAAAAUCUCCUCUUCUUAUGCAAAUUUUCUGACGUUCCUUUAUAGGAAAGUUGCACAUUUUUAGAAAGGUUUAUAUAAUAUCCUGAAAUAACAUAAUGGGUUUUGGUUGUCAGUAUUUUUAACAAGUUCAAAAUGGUACAGUUUACAGGACAUUUGGUUCAUGAAACAAGUGCACUUUUUUGAUAGGAAGAGGUCAAUGUGGGUAUAUUGAUGAAUUAUUUUACAAAUGUUACAAUAAACGGUGAGCGUCUUGUUUUGUUGCGCUACACAUGGGUACAGAGUCAUAUCUUUUUUUCCCUGUAAAACAUGUCAUGACAUGGAGGAAAACUCCUUCAUUCAGUAACCAGAAAAGUGCAUAUUUAGCUUUGUUGGAGGGGCAUGGGAGACAAAAAGGGCAAAGUACUGUAAAUGGAAGAAAUACCGAUUGACCAAGUCUCCCUCACAAUUCAUGGGAUUGAUGAUUUUGAUGAUUUGAUGUGAAAAUAUUUUGCUUUUUUUGUUUCUCUUUAUAACAUCUUUAAUUGUUCCAAAUUUACUAAAAUAUAACUUGGUGUGAAUCCAGAAAUUAAAAAAAACUGAAGCAGAUAAUAGGCCAACAAAAAACCUCUUUUGUUGAGAUGCCAUACAACACAUAAAAAAAAAAAAAAAAAAAUGGGAUGCUGACGCAGAGGAAAUCAAAACCAGUUCAGUCCGGUUCCUGUGCUUGAUUUGAGGUGUCUGGCAAUAUGCCCGAUUUUCGGAGCAAAGUUUAUGUAUUUUAGCUUUUGUUACACCAUGGUGGUACUAUGUGCAACAGUACAAUGCACAGUAUUUAACUCAUAUGUGACCAGAAAUGUGUACUAAUGUUCAAAAUAAUUUAAAGAUUCCCAUUUUGAGAGUGGCUUAGAAAAUUGCAGUGAAAGCUAUGCAUUUAUUCCAACCUGCAUUAUCGUCUUUUGUUACAGGAAAUUUGGCAUCAUUGAACUGUUAAACAUGCAUGGUAUGAGUUAUGUUAACCAUUGUUUAUGAUGUCAGCUGUUACUACGCACUAUUGGAGUAGAAAAGAAAAAAAGAAAAAAGAACAAAAGAGCAUUACCACUGGGCAGAAGAGAACGAUCUACUCUUUUUGAACGAUUCUUCUCUGUGAACUGUAGACUUUGCUUACUGUAUCUGCAGAUGUACGUAUUGCUUCAAAUAAACCAGACUUUCCUCUCUGUGACUGAGAGCAGCUUCAGUGUCCAUUUGGCGUCUGACCCUCAUCCACUGACACACAGGUCGGCGUAAAGGCAGAAUCAGAAGGAUUUUCCGAAAAAAAAAAAAAACACUAUAUAAUGUAUUGGAAAUCUGCCUGUAUUUUCCUAUUUUACUAUGUUAGGGACAUUUCUGGUCAGUGUAGGUCACACUAUGACAGCUUGACAAAAUUACAUAAUAAAUUAUUUUCAUGACUUA